UCGUGUCUUUUUUCGCAGAGCAUCGCUGCGAUUAGAGUGACAAAGCGUCGUAGAACUUGGCCGUGAGAGGACGGAGACAGCAUGGGCAUCGCUGGCCACGACGAAAAUAACGGACGCACAUGUAGCGUGAGUUGGACGACGUAUCGCAUCGAUCGCUGCGCGAAGUAGCCCACGCGUGAGCCACAGCCGGGUUCUCUCGGAAAGAAAGAAACACGAGCAGCGGGGAUUCCUGCCGAUAUGCAGUUCGGCUCCCGGCGCAUUGAUUUCAUGGGUAGUCGUCGACGUCUUUGUGAGUGAAACGGCUUAACGGUCGAGCUGCGCGUGCAUUAUCGGUUUUCGUGCUAUGGAGUUUCGCGUAGGAGUGUUGCCGUUUUGGCCGCCACCCGCCAGAUGUCGCCACGGUACUAGGCACCUCGCUUUUGGCGCGACUUUUGAAUUGUGCGCUGGUGGACCUCCCAUAGCAAUUUGUUUUAUCUGACGCUGUUCACUGACAUGACAUGGGCCGCCAGUGUUUCGUGCCUAACUGCAAGAGCCGUUAUGCGCCAAACGAGAGACGAAUACGGUUCUUCAAGGCGCCAAAUGACCCGAGACGCCUGACAGCUUGGGCGAAAGCCAUUGGACGCACAGACAGGCAGCUCACGCCGGACUACUACGUCUGCGAGAGGCAUUUUCCAAGUAGCGUUGUCAGGAGUCCACAGAAGUGGUGCGUCGAAUACAAAUACAAAGGCAACAUAUUGCUUGACCACCGCAAGAGGGCGGUGCUGGGGAUGGACGCCGUACCGACCCUGAAUCUCUGCCCUCCACUGGAGGUGACACCCGAGACGGAAAGCUCUGGGAGCAGUGACAAGCCGAGUGAAAUGUCGGCCGCCAAUACGAGCAACGAUCAGUCACCAGACGACGCUGAAGGCUCUCCUGAGAAAGCUGCGAGAGUGGACAGUACAACCACGCCUGUUAAUCAGAAGCCUGGGCUGCCAGGUAAGAACUCGGAUGCUUCACCGCGCACGCUUAGAGAGCUCAUCGCUGGAGCACCGUGUGCACUAUCGUCCUCUUUGUCAGCACCAAAGAACGCGCCAUCUACGUCGACGCCAAAGAGCACUGUGUCUUCUCCCGUGACGUUGAACAGCUCGUCGCCUUUUAUUAUGCAGACCACCUCGCCCGCACGUUUUACGCUGUCGAGCACGAUGCCUCCCGUCUCGCCGAUGACCACGUCCGCGCCUGUGAUGCUUAGGAGCACGUUGGCUCCAUUUGCACACAUCGGUGCACCGUCCACGCUGGCACUGAACCGCGCAUUACCUCCCCUGGCGCUGAACAGCUCGCCGUCGUCAACGCUGCUGCUCAUGCCGGUGGCGUUGAUUCCGAAGCAGGGGGACAACAGCCCCGCAAGCGUUGCGAUGCGCGUGGUGCCUGGCGGUGCACAGCUGCCCGGAAACAAUCUGCCCGGAAACCACCCGCCCGGAAAGGUGACGACCGCCCUGGCGUUCAGGGUGACAGGUCCUGGCCAUACGGCGACGAAGAAGCCCGUCGCGGCUCCCGCCGUCGUUCCUGCCAAGCGCGAGGACUACCGGCGGCGGCCCGACGACGUUGUCGUGGUCAAGGAAGAAGUUUUGUCAGACGACUCGGGAGACAGCGGCGGCGGCUCGUCGGACGACGGCGCUAGCUUCGCGGAACCCACUGCAGCGGCCAAAACGUCGGCAGCGAGAACGACGCCUAAGCCGGGCCAGCCGAGCACGGGCACCGUCCGCUUGCCCCUGAGCAUGGCCCUGGGUGCAGACCAGGUGCUGCUGCCGAGCCCAUCGUGGAACCAUCAUGAUGUGGACAUCGAGUCCACGAAUGCGCGCAGCUUGUGCUUCGUGGAGCUGCAGAGCAGCCCCACGUCGGGCCCGCCCUUCACGCGUCGCAUCCUGCAGAUCGUCCAGUCGGCCUCGUCCGGCUACAGCAUCAGGUGCUACGUGCUCGACCGUGAGGUCGAAGUCACCGUGCUGCCGGCGGGCUCCCCGCCCCCGACCGUGGAGGAGAUUGCCGAGACGCUGCAAGACUUCCAUGCCAGGACUGUGUGUCGGGGAGGGCUGGCCCGCAGGGACCUGCCCGGCGCGCGCUUCGAACGUGCUUGGCUGGACAAAACUGGCGUCUGGAGGCACGAUCGAUGCCCGCUUCUCCUUUACGGUGGUGAGACGCAGUGCAAGUUCUGUGCUAGCCUGCCGAACCCUUUCAACCCGCCCACGACGUCCACCAUUGAUAAGUCUAAACUGCCGCAGAAACACACUGCGAGAAGUGGGGUUAGAACUGAAACGUGAAACAUGGGGAAAUGGACAGGAAGGGACUGGUGGUUAAGUCCACCGCAGGCAGGCUGGGGAAGGGAAAGACGUUUCGGAAAGUGAGCACCAUGUUUCGGUAAUGCCACCAGCUCAAGUUUUUCUGAAUGUGUGCUGUGUUGAGGACACAUUGCACUGCAUGUUGACAGUGUGCACUUGAACAGGGUCUAAUUUCAGGUGUGGUGUGAUGUGAAAGUCGCAUCCACAGUGUUGGUGUGCCUGAUUUUCUGUGUACGAGCCCAACUAUACAGGUCCGGCACCUAUUGUUUCUGAGAGCCAGAUUUCAUGGUUUAUGCCCUUAUCCAUGGUGCAGUGAUGUAAGACCAUAUGCCAUGCAAUGUGUUUGAACAAGGGAGGUUCCUUUGUGCUGUUGAUUUCCUGGGUGCUAUCUGCGUGCAUAAAUAACAUGACUUGUGAUGUAGCCGACAUGUUCAAAUGACCUUCCUCUAACACUGCUGAGGUGUAUCUGUCAUUCGUGCUUAAAAUUGGUGAAUGUCAUUUGCCAGCUGUAAUGGCCCAUCGGCGUAUUGACUAUUUCUGGCACUGCAGUUGUGUUUACUGAACAAAAGCAGCUGUCUUCACUGAUGUUGCAGGCUUUUCAUUAUUUAUCUUGAGAAAGUAGCAUUGCUGCUGUUGACAUAGUUGCAUUGAUAAUGCUGGUAGCGCUGGAGUCAGAAUUAUGGCAAGCACUGUGGCUAAAUUUCAGGUAGAUUGGAUGUUCUGAAGCGUGUUGCUUUUUUUUAUCUGUGCUAACAUUGACUUCAACUGAUUUAGCAUGCAUGUCAUUUGACAUUUAGGACAUUGGCAGCUGUUUCAUAUUGCCUGGUGGAGAACUAUAACAGCUUGCUGCAUGCAUUUUGCCACACUAUGCUGUAUGACUACAGCAUGACGUGCCCUAAUGGAAAAAAAAAUGUUUAAUUUGUUUAAUAAGGUUAUAGUGUAGUAAAUAACAGCAUUGUAUAAGAUCUUUGCUGCACCAUUUGUCAAAGUGCCUAAAAAUUUGUCCGUCAUUAUUAUUUACUAUUGCUUCAUGCAGAUUUUGUUGAAGGGAACUUUGACAUUGUGGUUAUUCAGCUAUUGCAAGCACCAUGGUCAGUACAAGGACCUUUCUUGACCUGUGCAUAGGACUUGUUUAGGGUGCUCUUCUGGCUUCCUCUAUUGCUUUAUUUAACCCUUUAAGUGCAUGCCAGAGUACUCAUCUGGCUGCCAACAGACACCCUUGGCUAUGCUCGAGGAAAUUCGUGAACACAAGUCGUCCAUAGACUGGUUGAGCCAUCUAUACAGAAACUGGUCAACUAACAUUUUAUGGUAGGAUUUGUUUUUUUGUGACAGACGGUGCACCAAAGCUUACAGUCAGUGUUGCUCAUCUCUCUCGUUUUCGGACAUGGUAGAUUACCAAAAUGUUUUUGAACGAUGCUGAAUUGAAGAAUCUUUUAUGAACUCUUAAAAGCCUUCUAUCUUGAAUAUGAGGAGUCUUCAAGGGACAAUGACGGCAAAGAGGCCAUUUUGCUUGAAAAAUUUUAACUUAAGAUUGUAAAUUAGCAUUUCCUCAUUUUUCUUUGAAAUUCCAGAUUAAGGACUCUGAAAUGUUCAUCAGCAAAUCACCAAUAAAUAGUGUUUGAACUUAAAGCCUUCUAAUGUUUCAAUUAGAAAUCGAACUUGAUGCACUUCAGAAAAAUACUCGGCACCCAUAGGUUAAAAGCAACAUGCAAUGAUGCUAGGAGCUGUGAAUUUAAGAUUUAAACAGCUGUCGUGCAAAUUGAUACAGAAACCGAUAAUUAGUUUGGUACACUGUUUUUUAGAGUAUUUAAAUCUUUUAAGGGGCACUAAAGGCAAAUGAAGUCAAGUUAAUGUGAUAUAUUAGUGGUACGUUUAUCCAAAGAAUCACUUUUGCUGAGGAAAAAACUUUGGUAACUGAGAAAAUGACGUAAACUUUGGACGGGAUUGGCGGCUCCACUGAAAAUUUGGCACUGACUCGCAUUAUGUAUAGAUAAAUUUAUAUGAUGUCCCUCUUGUAUAUCAUAACCAACCACAGAUAAUACAGUUGAAACUGAAUUUAACAAAGUGAUGACCACGCUCUAACUAUUUUGUUAAAUCUGGAAGUUGGGGAAAAUCGAGUAAGGGAUUUUUUGGACCUUUGAAAUCUAAAAUCGUAAUGUAGACACACCCAAAAGGUACCGCGGCAUUGUAUUUGCCGCUAACCCACACUUGUGUAUGUAAAAAGUCCGUGAGGGCGGCCCAACUACCGCCGCCCCUAGCGCCAUCUAGUAUUUAAGAACGCUAGAGACUGCCAAGUCCAUUUUUUCAUGCAUGGCCACGGCUUGCAGCCUCAUCAAAAUAAAGCUAGGGCUGCGACUAGGGUGCCUAGAUGUUUUAAUGCGAUAGUGAUAAAAACUCGUCUGCAUCAAAGUUAGAAAGAAAUCGCAGCUUUUUUUACUAAUUUCUGGAAAAGCUUUGUUAAAUUGGUUUUAAUUCAAGCUGGUUUCAUUAAUUUGGGUUUGGAACAACAUGGAACCUUAUGUGGACUUGCUGGGAAAUGGAAAUUUCUUUGAUAAAUUGGGAACUUCGUAAAAUCGGGUUUUGUUAGAUCAAGUUUUAACUGUAAUGCAGUUAUGGCGUGCUUUAAUAUGAAAAGAAAUGCCUUUUGUGUGACUUUACUGUAUUUUUCUACAAAACAUACUGACGACUCCUGUUGGCACCAUUCAAUCUUUUGUUUGGGGAUUGUGCCUCUGAGCUCUCAUAUCAAAACAUGUGGAAGGGCUGGCAGAUUGCCGCUUCAGGUGUUGGUAAAGCAUAGGAUUUUCACAUUAGCCAUGCCGUUUGUCUCAGGUGAUUUGAAUUCUGCGACUCCUUAGCUAGUGAUUUCUUAAGCGACUAAGUCAUCUUUUGGCAUUAAAAAUAACAUUCUAAGGUUUCUAGAGUAGUCUCACAAUCUAGACUUGUUCUUUAUUUGCCUUUAGUGACCUUUCAUCCAGAAAUAAUUGCCACAGAGUUAUCAUGGCAUCGAAUAAGCGAUAAUUGUUUGAGAGAGGCAGAGAGGAGAUAUUUUAUUCAUAACACAAAAAUGUCAAAAUAUGUAUACUUGCAAGGGUCCCACAAUAGUCGUACUGAAAGUAGGACAUUGGGCAGUUUUUAAAUGCUAAUGCUCAGCUGCCAUCUUUGAAAAAGAGACCAAUCUUUAGUUCAGUGGUUAAAUUAUUCAUUGCUUAGCGUUGAAUUCGCGAUAGGUUAAAGAUAGUGGUGAUAUUCAAGAAGUGACAUCUGUGGGCAUGAAUCGGGAGACAAGAAAAACAGAUGAAUGAACAAUACAGGUUAUAUUCAUGAAAGUUAAUAUAAGCCACUUGUGCAUUCAAAUUAGGUCCAGUUCAGUCUAAAAAAAAUUGGUUCUGACUGUUUUGGCUGGACUGCCAUAUUGGUAGCUGCUGCAGUUAUUAGUGCUAGCCUUCCCUUUAGCAAUGUCUGUGCGAUGCUGUGAUCGCUGACACUUGUUAGUUUUUGCUUUGUAUGCAGCCUGCCGGGACAGAUUGCUCGCUUUCAGAUUCUUGUUCAAUAGCUAUGUCGUUUUUUUUUAAAAAACAAAGAAGCUGUGUGUGGUGCCGCCUGACGACAAUGACUAAAUACCUCUGGGAAGCUGGUAUGGUUGUGUGUAUUAGGGAGAAAACAGUGAAGAACUGCGAAGUAGACAAAUGCACCAUGAGGUGCAUUUCUAGUGCAACAUCUACGUGCUGUUGGCUGCAGAGUGGAACUGCAAAAGACGUUGCUGCACAAGACGUGUUGCACACCAGUUAACAAUCGCAGGACUUGCUGCAGUGUCUAGUUCUCUCACCAGGGGCUGCUAGCGGCCUGCAUAAUUUUGUGUGAGCGCAAACUUUCUACUGGCGGGUGAUCCUAAUCUCCAAGAGCUGCGCAUGUUGGGCCUCUGCUCGGUCAGCCAAAGCUAAAUAAAAGAAGGAAAAGGUUCUGUACAAACCUGAUAAGCGCUGCAUCUCUCAGCAGUUGCUUUAGUUUUUAUCUAGUCAAAACAUGCUGCAGCUUUACGAGUUCAGCACCUUGCUUACCUUGUUUCCAAUGGGACAUUUGCAUCAGAAGGAAGGAGGGAAUGGGCUGUUGGGGUUUUGCAUGGGCCAUGAAGUACCUAGCCCGCCAAAAAUUUGUAGAGUUCAAGGAAGUGGUGAAGGUGUGUGGAUGCUCGUUUGAGGUGUAUACUGCGCUAAUUGCUAGGGCGGGCAGAGUUCGUCAUGUCAGCCCUUUUUCACACAUACCAAGUAUUUCCGGUCAUCUUUCUGGUGCAUGUCAUGGGCACAAAUAAAUAAACCUUGCCAUUGAAACUAGCGCCCUUUGAAACUGCUUUGCAAGUUUUCUCCAUUUCUUUUGUAGAAAUCAUUCAUUGAUUUCAUUCAUUCAUUGAGUCAUUCAGGUAAUGGAAAACAUUGAAGUAAGCCUACAAAAAUGAGUAAAUCAAUUGGUCCUUCUCGAAUUGAUAACUGUCAUUGCAUUUCAUCGGAGGUAAUCAAGCAUUCCUUGGUGGAGAAAAUGAAGAUAAAACUUCCCAACAGCACUGCUGAUGACACUGUUUUGAAUUUUUGAAGUCGUAGAUUUCAUGAUACUUUCGUGCAUUUUUUUUUUUCAGAAGCAAAUAGAAGUCGCAUUUAGUGUCUCACUUAUUUUCAAAUGCAGCAUAAUUUUUUUUAGUCAUAAAACAGGCAUCUGACCUGAAACUUAUGAUUUAAAAAUUUUUGACAUUGCUAGGAGACUGCACAGUCUUGUUUAAAGACGACUACCACCUAUGUUUAGUUUUUGCGUGCUUUCUGACAUAACAAGCCUCCACUCAUGGUGGCACCAGUCCAUAUUGAACUGCAUGUGUAAGCUAUUGGUUUAUCUUAUGUCCUUUUAUAUCCUGACAUAAGUCGGAAAGGGCACAGCAGAGCGUGUCUAUGGGAAACGUCAAUGGUAGUGGUGGAGGUAGCCACAAGACAUUCUUUGUGAAGAUAGUGACCGAGUUUCGCUCGUGGUUCACCAGUGUAUAAACCUUCAGCUGGUUAGACAGUAUAUGCCCUUUAAGCUGCUACGUGCAGAGCAUCUGUCAUGGUGUGACAGUGUCGCACGUCUGGAAACAUGGUGUGUCAUUAACUGUUUGGAAUUGUUGGGGCAGAGGGUGUGGUUUUGCUUGCAGUGUCAUUUCGGGACUUUGAUAGCUUUGCAAGACAGCAUGUACGCGCUUGCUGAGUUAAUGAAUUACGUUGAAAAUUAUUUAGAAAUUGAGAGCAGGUGCUUAUUUGAGCGGUGCUCUUGCUGUGUGUUUUAUGAUGGCGCACUUGGUGGUACAGAGCUGUCAUAGUGGUACGGAGCUGAAGUAGCAGCCUGCUGGCGAGCACGAGGUGACUGUAGAGCACGUUAAACAAUCCCUCGUGCAUCAAAAUUGACCCAUAGUUGUCCACUAAUGAAUCUCUCGUAGUUCAGGUACAUUGUUUUGGGACAUUUAAGGGAUGUUAAAGAGGUAUGUUAACCUGUAUUUGUAAAUUGCAGUUUAGCAAUAGCACAUCCGUUACUCCUACCCUGAGAGGAAGCUUGCUUAGAAAGGGUGCAAAAAGUGAAAGGCAGGUGGCGACACCAUUUUGAAAUUUCUCCAUCACCGUAUUUCAUCCCCGCUGCGCUCCAGGUUCGCUCUUUCAUCCGUCGUUGUGCCCGUUUGCUCAGUUACGCCGAGGGACGACGCGAAACAUAGGAAGGGGCACCUAAAAGCUGCGCCCUAAAUGUCUAAAAACGUUGAAUUGCGUUUUAAGCACCCAAAGAUUGAACAUAAGCAAGUGUUCAGAAUUUUUCCUGCGCUAGAACAGCCCCCAUAUGAGUAAAUACUUUGAAUUUGUUGAUGUCAUCAGCGUACCGGUGCUGCUGCUUUGGCGCAAAAUUGAAAAGACAGGAACGAAAAUAUUGGUAUCUGUUUUCUCUGCUACUAAUCAACCUUCUCUGGCUGAGUUAAUUAAACAGUGUUUCGAAAGAACACUGGUGCACAUUUAGUGUUGUCCUUAAGCAUCCCUUUAGAAUUGUUACCAGAUGGGUCCCAGGGCUGUUAAAUUAUGGUAGUGGGCUACAGGUAGGCACAUUUCUUUAAAUGGCAAGAGAGUAAGAAACGGAUGUGGUACUUUUUGUCUGCAUUUUCGUGCAUCAUUUGCACUUCAAAUUUGUGAUCCAGACAAGCCUAAGGCGGUAUACGGAUGUGUUUGCAGAGCUUGCGUGAUCUCUGAUGAAUUAUUGGGGUGCCUAUGUAAAUGAGCCCUUCAAGCACUUUUUGAAUGUGGUAAAUAAACUCUUCCUGUCACAUUGA